AUGACAACAAUCCGAGAAAUGGAUUUGAUAGAGCCGAUUGUGAUUGACACAGUGAAUGCUUUAGUCCCCGAAGAACAAUUUAAACGUCUUUUUUCUUUUGUUAAAGAUCAAAAAACGCUUCACCAUCUUUUUUUGUAUAUGAAAUAUCAACUCAAAUCUUCGAUUAUGGCAUAUUGUAUCACACAUGAAAGUUAUUGUAGUGAUUUAAAUAAACACAUUCGCGAAUCAAAAAGAGAAAACAAAAUUCAUAACUCAAUGGUUCCCCUUGUUGAAAAACUCAAUAUUUCCAACUUAAGCAAAACAGUUCAUGAAAUUUGUGUCAGCACUCUCAACGAUUCAAAACAAAAGAUGGAAGUCGAAAACGAACAAAUGGAGGUGAAUGACAAAAUUUUCGCAUUGCUUUCUGACACUCUACAGGUCUCGGAGACUGUAAACGCGGCUGUAACAGAAAAAUCACUUCUCCUCACCUCUUGGUGA